AUUUGACAAUAGUGAUAUUGACAGUGACGGGUACGUGCAGCAACCCAACACAACCCUAUUAGAAACCGCCAAGUUAUUUUCAUCUCCGUGGUUUUAUUGGAUGUGGUAAAUCAUUGCUCUUUUAUUUAGAAAUAUAUUUAUGUGAUAUUUUUUCUUGCAAUAUUGUUGUGGAAGAAUGAAUCCUUGUUCAGUCGCUGCCCCUCAACAAGACACAGAAGGGGAUGGAAGAUGGUAUAGCAUUCAUAAUCGAUUUUUGUCAGAUGCCAAAGGGAAAGAUGGUGAUGUGAUUUUCAUUGGAGAUUCAAUCUUACAAGCUCUUGAGCAUACUGAAGUAUGGAACCAGUGGUUUGCACCUCUGCAUUGUCUCAAUUUCAGCAUCCACAAGGAUCAGACUCAAAAUGUUUUGUGGCGUAUCAAGAAUGGAGAACUUGACCAUGUUGAUCCAAAGGUAAUAGUUGUACAUGUUGGAACAAACAAUGUUGAAUAUACUGCUGAGCAAGUGUGUGAUGGUAUCCUAGAAAUAAUAAGAACAAUCAGGGAGAAACACCCAAGUGCUUACAUAGUGUUGCCUAGUCUACUUCCUCGAGGUCAAUACCCAAAUAUGUUAAGAGAGAAAAACUCCACAAUCAAUCAAUUGCUACGUGAAAAAGUAUCCAAUAUGAAUAAAGUGGAAAUGGUUUCAAUAGACAAAGGGUUUAUUCAAACUGAUGGAACCAUCAGCCACCAUGAUAUGCAUGACUACCUCACACCAACUAAUGCAGCCUGUCGGAAAGCAUUUGAACCUAUUUAUGAUCUACUGCAACAAAUCCUAUUUGAGGGAGAGCCCGAAAAAGACUUAACACCUUCUGAAUAAUAUUAUUCUUUUUAGUACUAUGUGGCAGCUUUUUUUGCAGCAGGUUAUUGUGAUGAAUCCAGUAGUACUUAUCAUUAGCUUUUUAUAUUAAGCCUAAGUGUCAAACAUUUUAAACUAUUGUUAACUUAUGAACCUCUACAUUCCAAAUUAGCAUUAUGAUAUUUUAAUCGGCUGUGUUUAUUUAAUCACUCCACUUUUUAUUAUUGUUUAUUUAUUAUCGCUUAUUAUGUUUACAAGCUUAAUUUAGCUUUUGAGAUUGCAUUUUUUAUGUGCACACUUUAUUUGUGCACAACAGGGUUUGUACUUACUUACCUAUCUAGUAUUUAUUGUUUCACAUCCACAUGAUUUUAUGUAACUUUAGAAACCAUGGGAAAAGUAUUAUGUUACUAUUGUUAUUUUUUAGAACCUCUUUUUUGGAGAUAUGUAACAAAGCAAUGUUUUAGUUUAAUUUUAGAAGGCUAAAUUUAAUCUUCUGAAUGGUACUCAUACUAGUACUAAGUCUUCACCUUAUUUCCCUAUCUAUUUUUAUUUUGCACAUCACAUUAAUGGAAUUGUUUGUAACCAAAGAUCUUGGAAGAUUACCUUACCAAAGUUAUAACAGUAUAUGAAUUGCAUUGGAUGAUUGUAUAUGCAAUUCUAUUUUUGAUAAAGACCUACAUUUUUUAAAUUACAUAAUAAGACCUGUAUGAAUAAGUACAUUGUUUUAGACUUGUUUUCAUUUGUUGCAAAUGUAUUGUGUAGUGAAUGUUGCACAAAAUGUGCAUAACACAGUUAUAAUUAUUCUCCAAUAUCACUGUAGGCAUAUUUAGUGACUAUUUAACUGAUAAGGUACUCAUGUUGCCAAACAAGUUUGCUUGAAUCUCGAAAUGUUAUGGAAUAUUUAUUUGCAUGAAGAAGCUUGAAAGUAAACAGUGCAAUUAUUUCUAUAUACCAAA